AAAUUUGAUAAUUAAAUUUAAAAUAAAAUUGAAAUUCUUACCCACUGGAAACGUCUUGCUCUGUUUUGCUACUGUUGCUUUUUGGUUCGGUGGAUGAAGGAGAGGAAGGUGUUGCUGCUCUGUUUGAUGGAUGAAGAAGAGGUUGUUUGUACCCACUAGGAAAGAGAGGAAGGUGAGCAGCAGAUGCUGCUCUGUUUGGUGUUGCAGCUUUGUUUGGUGCUGUUGCUCUGUUUGGUGAAGAAGCUGCUGCUGUUCAAUGGUCGGCAAGGAAGUUGAGUCGUGAAAGGCUGGAAGGGGCUAUUGAUGGUGGUGGUUGAGAGCAGAUGCAGAUCUGUUCUGCUGUUGUCGCUCUGUUCUGUGCUGCUACUUUCUUCGAUGUUGUUGAAGCUAUUGCUGGUCAGUGGAGGAAGGGAAGGAAGAUGAGCGGCGAAUGGCUGGAAAGGGUUGUCGACGAUGGUGGUUGGGGGCAGAGAGGUCGGUGGAGGAAGGAGAUCUGCUCUGUUUCGGUGUUUCUGAGUCUGAAUUCUUUCUAUUUUUUGCACAGUAUUUGUUCUUGCUACUGACUACUUUGUUUUUUUUUCUUCUCAGUUUUGACCUUUUAUUAGGGUUUUUUUUAUAUCUAAUUUUAAUUGAAAUUUAAGAGGUUUUAAGUAAUAAUAUUAAAAAGGUAGGAUAAAAUAGGUAUAUUGCC